CGUCACAAUGGCCACAGGAAGAGUCGUGCUCGGCUCUCUGUUGCUUCUGCUGCUGCAGCUGGGCCUCGGCGGGGACCCUGGUGCUCGGGGGGCUCCAGUGGCGGAGGGAGAGCUCCUGUCUGAGCCAGCGGCAGAGAGAGGGAACCCAAACUGCCCCUUGUCCCCCCCAGGUGCCCGCCUGCGCCGAGCCUCGGCCAGCCCGUGCCAGCUGUGGAGCCUGUCCCUGCCCGUGGCAGAGCUGGGCCUGGGCUACACGUCGGAGGAGACGGUCAUCUUCCGCUACUGUGCUGGCAGCUGUCCCCGCGGCGCCCGCACCCAGCACGGCGUGACACUGGCCAGGCUCCGGGGCCAGGGUCGAGCCCACGGUGGGCCCUGCUGCCAGCCCACCCGCUAUGCCGAUGUGGCCUUCCUCGAUGACCGCCACCGCUGGCAGCGGCUGCCCCAGCUCUCGGCGGCUGCCUGCGGCUGCGGCGGCUGAGGAUGCCCGGCCUGGGGCCC